AUGGCGGCUAUGACUGAGUUGGACGCGCUGUUGCAAUCGCUCCAAGCUUUAAAGGCACCCGGCGUAACCCCCACCAAGGUCAAGGCCAUCACCGCGAUAUGCGUAGAGAACAUUCAGUCCGAUUCGGCCAUCAUUCAGAAGAUCCUCCAGCAGUUCCAAAACAGCGCCGCCACACAUAAGCUCGGUGUGCUAUACGUUGUAGAUUCCGUCACGCGCCAGUGGGUAGAAAAGUCAAAGGCCGCCGGUCAGUCAGUCUCCAGAAAUGCCGCGCCCGGAACCUAUGCUGCGGGCGUGCAGAAGAUGACGGAUGUGCUGCCGGCCGUCAUGAACGACCUUGUCCAACACGUCCCAGACAACCAGAGGGAGAAGAUUACCAAACUCCUAGACAUCUGGCAGCGUGGACACACAUUCCCUCUAGACAUGCUUGCGAAAUUCAAGCAGCAGGUGAACGGCCGUCAGCAUAAUGCCCAGACCGCGCAACCGAGUCCGCCAAAGGGUAACAGCUCCGGCCCAGCUCGCCAUGCUCAGACUAAUCCACAGCAAACAGCCGCUCCCGCGCCUCCGACUGUGCAGAAGCCACAGGACCCUGGUGCGCUACUUGCAGCCCUCUCCGGCUAUGGCCAGCAGCCUGGUCAGACUGGCCCAUCUGCCGGUCUUCCCUUUCUACCAAAUAUGGUGCCGCCGCCGCCUCCCCCAGGAUUUGUGCCGCCGCCGCCUCCCGCGGCAAGCCUACAGCCCGCAAUGCCGCCCCCUCCGCCGGCCGGUAUGAAUGACCUGGCCAAUCAGAUAUUACAGGCUAUGAGUGCAGGUUCCAUCGCGCCAGACCAGGCUAUACAAGUACUAAACGCUUUGGCGGCAGCACAGAACGGAGGGGCAUCGCUGCCACCCGCGCCGCCCCAGGUGGCACCUCCAGCGCUCCCACAGGCGCCGGUCGCCAUGCCGAAUGGCGGCCAAGCGCGUUUUGAGCACAACGAUACUAAGAUGCGAGACCGUAGCAGAUCGCCAGACUAUACCCGUCGUGCUUCUCCCAGUCGUAGAUCCCCGCCCAACCGUCGCGAGAGUCCUGUGUACGGUUCCUACGACCCGAAUGCUGUUGGUGAUGGUAGUGCGUCGAACCGCAAUGAGCGCGGCCGCGGUCGUGGUAAGGCGCGGGGUGGUCGUAGUGACCGUAAUGAGUAUCGGCAACGUACGCCGCCGGGGCAACGGCGACAGCCAAGUCCGCCCAAGGACGUGUAUGGUCAGUCGCGUUACAUCGAGUGGGACCCAAGUCUGCCGCGCGACAACAUCAGGGUAUUGAGUCGUACCUUGUUCGUAGGCGGCGCGGGCGGGACGGAAGGUGAGAUCCGCGCCAUCUUCAGCCGCUUUGGUAGGGUCCAGACAUGCAUUGUGAACCAGGACAAGCGACACGCGUUUGUCAAGAUGUUGACACGGCCCGAUGCUGUGGCGGCCAAGGAGGGGAUGGACAGCCUGCAGGACCCUGCCGCGCAGUCCAAGGCUCGCCAGACACGAUGGGGCGUCGGCUUCGGACCACGCGACUGCAGUGACUACAACAGCGGGAUCAGCGUGAUUCCCAUCUCGCGACUCACAGACGCCGACCGCAAGUGGGCUCUGACGGCCGAGCACGGCGGGACAGGCGGCCGACCGCUCGAAGGCGGGAUGGUGUUGGAAGAGCCCGACAUUGAGAUUGGGGCGGGUGUGUCGUCCAAAGCGAUCAGUAGACGCGUGCCCACGGACGGCGGGCGCGGCGGACGCAGCGGCUUCGGCAACGGCCACGGCAACGGCAAUCACCAUCGCGGGGCCGUGGACAACAGCCAGGCCAAGUUGCGCAAGCAAGAGCAGCGGCCGGCCCACGAUCCGCGGCACGUCUCCCCGCGCGCAGAGCAGGGCGUUGCGGUGCCGCCUGCGGUGCCCGGCUUCGGCUUUCAGCUGCCGGGGUUUCUGGCGAGGUGA